CAUGACGCCCACAAGGGGAAAACGAAUUUUGAAGUUGUUUAUCCGUUUUCUACCCGUGAACCAAAAAAACGAAAAUCGAGCCAAAAUCUCGUUUUUUUGAACAAAUGAAAAAACGAAAAAACGACCGUUUUCUGGUUUCUGCUUAUUUAAUUUCAAAUUGAAAAACAAAUGAUCAAAACGUACACGGACCCCUGGCCAGCCUUGUGGACUGAAGGAUGUUUGUUUGUGCUGGAGGCGGAGCAUCGCGUGACAUACACACUGACGGUCAGGGGUGCGGAAGUUACAGAUUCUACACAACAAACGCUUAUUUUAUUGUUUUUUUCCUUGUCUUUUGGACUCUGAUCUAAUUAUAAUUGAGCUGAUGGAGUCUCAGUGUAAAGAGGAACUCGUGUUGCACAUCGUGGUGGUGGGAUUUCAUCAUAAGAAGGGCUGUCAGGUAGAAUUCUCAUAUCCUCCCAUUAUUCCUGGGGCGGGUCAUGACAGUAAUACACUCCCUGAAGAAUGGAAGUAUCUGCCUUUCCUGGCAUUGCCUGAUGGAGCACAUAAUCAUCAGGAAGAUGCUGUCUAUUUUCAUUUGCCCCCUCUGGAUGGACAGCAGAAAUGUGUUUAUGGAGUUUCUUGCUACAGACAGAUGGAGGCCAAGGCACUGAAAGUACGAGAGGCAGAUAUCACAAGAGAGACGGUUCAGAAGAGUGUUUGUGUUCUCAGUCGAUUGCCGCUGUUUGGUCUGAUACAGGCUAAACUUCAGCUCAUAACUCACGCUUACUUUGAAGAAAAAGAUUUCUCUCAGAUCUCCAUCCUGAAGGAGCUCUAUGAGCAUAUGAACAGAUCUUUAAGCUGUACAGCGCUGGAAGGAUCACAGAUUUAUCUGGGUCUGUCUGCCAGAGAUUUGAUUCUGCACUUUAAACACAAGGUUCUGAUUCUCUUUAAACUUAUUCUGCUAGAAAAGAAGAUCCUAUUUUAUGUGAAUCCGGUGAAGAGAUUGGUUGAAACCCUGAUGACCGUCCUGUCAUUGUUUCCAGGUAUAAUAGAGCACGGACUCGAAGAUUCCUCUCACUAUCAGCCCCGGAGGAGCUUAUCAGAUGACUUUAGUUCACCAGAAGUCGUAUCUGCAGACGAAGAGUCACUCCCUAUGUCUGGUACAGAUAAUACAGACAUAUCAAAAGAGCUUGAGGGCAGGUAUGAUGUCAGUGACCAGCCGGAUCAGUCGAAGCCUUGUAACACCUCUCUGGACACACACUACCUUCAGCAUCAUGCAGGAAGCUUGCUGGACUCGCAAUGCGAAUGGGAGACGCUGGAGCCUCAUGUGAUGGAUGAGAUGGAAGGGAAAGUAGACAUAACUCAUUCAAAUAUGUUUGACACAGAUUCAGGCUUGCCAAUAACAGUACAACCACAGUCGGCCACAGGACAGGGAAUGUUGACCUCGGGCCUGGUAUCUGGGUUGCAAGAGGACCAGUAUGGACUACCACUUGCUAUCUUUACAAAGGGUUACCUGUGCAUGCCAUACAUGGCACUCCAACAGCACCACCUGCUGUCAGAUAUAAGUGUUCGAGGUUUUGUUGCUGGAGCGACCAACAUCCUCUUCCGUCAGCAGCGCCACCUGAGUGAUGCCAUUGUGGAUGUGGAUGAAGCUCAUAUUCAGAUCCAUGACCCAGAGUUGCGCAAAAUGCUGUAUUUAAGCACAGCUGAUCUACGAUUCGCUGAUUAUCUGGUAAAACAUGUCACUGAAAACAAAGAAGAUGUGUUUCUGGAUGGGACGGGCUGGGAGGGUGGAGACGAGUGGAUACGGGCACAGUUUGGCUUAUAUGUCCACUCACUGUUAUCUUCUGCUCUACAACAAGAUCAUGAGCGUCUGUUGGCAGAUUAUGGAACUGCAUUCACAUCCGCCUGGAAAAUCACACACAACUACAGAGUGUGGAUCAGCAACAAGCAUCCAGCCAUGGCCAAUAUCACACCAGGCCAUCCAUUCCAGGGUCAGUACAGUGUGGCCGAUGUGAAGAUCCGCUUGUCACAUUCAGUGCAGAACAGCGAGCGUGGGAAGAAGAUCGGGAACGCUGUAAUGUCAACGAGCAGAAGUGUCGUGCAAACAGGAAAGGCUGUUGGUCAGUCAGUAGGUGGAGCUUUGACCGUUGCUAAAUCAGCCAUGUCGUCCUGGUUCUCCAUGCUGGCUCAGCCGACUACAGCAGUCAGUGCAUCUCCACAGUCUGCAGAUUGAUGUCUACUGCUGUACUAAAUAAUGAAGACAAUACGCAGACGUUGCACACAUCUCUAUUAUUAUAUGAAAAUGAAGAAUGUUAUAGAGCAAGAGAGAAUUAAAAAAAAUGUAAAAUAAAAAGAGGUUUAAAACAGCUGUCUUGAUUUUAGAUUUAGUACUUGUAGUAGUUGUAAUGGUAAUAAACACAUGUAAUGGUAAUAAAUACUGGAAUAAUGAAAGCAUUUUCUUCUUCCUGUGACAAAAUCCACUAAUUUCAGGUGUUCAGUUUGAGAUUGUUUAGGUUUUGGGACUCACCUUUGUAAAUCUUGAAGCCUGUCUAUUCUGAGAUCAGGUAACCAAAUGUUUUUAUAGAUACUUUCCUACAAAUAUCACACAAAUAAUAUCUAAUUGCAUAUGAAAAAUAUAAUAACAUUAUGAUUACAAUCGUUUUAUCGUGCUUGCUGAAGAGGUCACUGUCCACAUAUCUUACAAAUAAAAAGUGACACUAGAGUUUGUUCAUAAAUUGGACCUACAUUGUGGUCAAAUCAAGUCCUAUAACACAAUAAAGAGAAUGAAAUUUAACAAAUGUUUCACAAAUCUUUGUGUUUUUUCACAUAGUAAUUAAAAUGAUAAAUCACAUUCUGA